CAUUCAGUUUCAUUUAUGAAGUAGACGAGACGCAUUCAUAAUGCCCCAUAAGCCUGAGAGCACCUACGAUGCGGAGUACAGAAUCUGGAGUGGACCGCAGAGCAGUAAUUACUUUGCUCCUGAUCUAUCCAUAGGCGAGAUUAUAUUCCAUGAGAUGUGACGUCAUCCGAAACUGAUAGCUCAGAUCUCAGACACUGAGAACACUGUAUUAACCCGAGAGGAGCUCCAUUUGAACUCAAUGCAUGUGGCAAGCUAUAUGAGAUCCUUGGGAUUAGUGCAAACGGAUAUUGUGGGAAUUAUAGGAAGAAAUACUACGCACAUCUUCGCCGUUGUAUAUGGAUGUUUCUUUAAUGGUAUUGCGUUUCAUUCGUUAAAUACAUCGUAUGAACAAUCAACUAUUGAGAAGCUCUUCGACAUAACGAAGCCACGUCUGAUUUUCUGUGAUGGUGAAGACUACGAGAAAGUAAAGUCAGCUACGGAGAAAUUAAAUGCGAAGAUCAUUACGAUGCGUAACCAUCAGAGUGGAUCGAUUAGCAUUGAGGAAGUCUUAGCUACGCCUGUAGAAACGGACUUUCAACCUGCUCGGUUGGAACAGGGAAAUGAUCAAACCUUGGCCAUUCUCUGCUCUUCUGGGACAACGGGUAUUCCCAAGGCAGUGACCAUAUCAAACAGUCGCAAGAUAUUGAUCGCCUGCAGAUCUCUUACCACAGACGACGUUCAGUACACACACAGUUCUCUAGAGUGGUUGACAUGUCUUGCUACGACGGUAUCUUCGGGAGUUUACAGCACUAAGCACAUUAUAGCUGAUAAUCCCUUUGAUCCAGCGCGUUUGUUGCGUGUCAUUAAGGAAUACAAAGUCACGUGGUUGAUGCAAGCGCCUUCUCAUAUGGCUAUGAUUUCAAACUGUCCGGAAUUUGAGCAAGCUAACUUUGAUAGCAUACGUUUCUACAAUUUCGGAGGUUGUCGGUGCUCUUUGGAGGCGCAACAUCUCAUACGGACCCGAUUGCAGUUCGAUUGUAUGUACUUUAUGUAUGGUUUUACGGAGGCGGGCAGUAUAGUGUCCGUGAACUGUGAAUUUGAUAAGAAACCAAAUUCAGUUGGCCGUUUGGAGGAAGACUAUAAGCUGAAAAUACUUGAUGAACAGGGCAAUACACUGGGACCAAACAAAGUUGGAGAAAUAUGUGUCUACAGUGGACAGUAUUGGGCCGGAUAUUAUGGGAAUCCGGAGGAGACGCGCAAUAUGCGUGACUCGGAAAAGUGGUUUCACUCUGGAGACUUGGGUUAUAUGGAUGAUGAUGGCUUUCUCUAUAUAAUGGACAGGAAAAAGGAUAUGCUGAAGUACCAGAGUAUUAUGUACUAUCCACACGAAAUCGAAGAAGUCAUUUCUCAGAUGCCAGGCGUGGCUGAGGUCUGUGUCUUUGGCAUCUGGAAUCCACUCGUCGGCGACAAGGCUGCCGCUGCUGUGGUAAAAAAGAUUGGUUCAAAAAUCCAGGCACAGGAUGUGGUUGACUUUGUGAAGGGGCAUUGCAGUGCCAUCUACAAACAUUUACAUGGGGGUGCAAUAAUUGUGGACGAUCUGAUAAAAAGCCCCAAUGGAAAAACGAAUCGAGCUGCAACAAAAGCAUAUUUUGUAAAGAUUAACGAUGAAAACUAAUAGGCUUAGCAUAAGCUAACAGACCCCUUGUAGACCCUUGUAGUUAAGAUGCUGACAUAUACAUUUUUAUUCUUGAAUUUAAUGAAUAAGUUUGAUAUGUCAAAUUAAUCUUCAACAUAUUCAAAAUUGACAAAAAUUACAAAUAUUUGCAAGGAGUAAAUGAAAGAAUGAUCUUUAAACAGUCAAAUGAUAAUUAAAAUUUGAUUUUAUUUAAA